AUGCCGAACCUGGACGACGCCAAGGCCAGGGCUGAGAUGAUGGCUCGGCAAGUGAACGAGGAGUUAGCGAAGCGCGGGAUAGGCGUGCAGCGAAAGCCGGAAACAGCGGCGGCUGGGCCGCCGGGAAAACCGCCGGCGGAAGAGAUUGUUAAGGAGGUGGUGAUUAACGAGUGUAACCCUAACGUGCGUUACCAGCUCACGCGCCGCGGCACUCAAGACGAUAUUCACCGCAAGACGGGCGCAGUUAUUUCCACAAGGGGCAAGUUCUGCAACAUAAACGAUCCGAAGAAUCGUGACCGUCCGUUGUAUCUGCACGUGUCUCCAUCCACCGAGGCCAAGACACCGGAGGAGAAGCAGCGGAUGGUGGACGCAGCCGUCCGUAUGAUCGAGGAUAUCAUGAAUCUACGGCCAGGAGAGCAGCCCAGGGCUCAGGCGCCUGAUCGGGCCGAUCCUGGCCGUCCGCCGUGGCGCGACGAGCGGUCGCGAUCGUCCCGCGACGGCGGCAGGGCGGGAUGGGCUGGGCGGCACGAGAGGGAGCAGGAGGCGGGCAGGGGGCGGGAAAGAGAGAGAUACGAUCCAGACAGGGAGAGGGACAGGGAAGGGUAUGGCGCCCCUCCCCAGUACGCACCUCCCCCCGGAUCCUACCCUCCCGGGUCCUACCCCCCUGGAUCCUACCCGCCUGGUUCUUACCCGCCUGGGUCCUACCCUCCUCCCGGCCAGCCUCCCCCCUAUGGCGCUCCCCCCCCAGGGGGAUAUUCCGCCCCUCCCCCAGGGACCUAUGACCCUGCGUAUGGUCCCCCUCCCCCCCACGGUUACCCAGGCUACCCCCCUCCUGCUGGUGCUCCUGCCCCGUAUCCCCCUCAGGGUGCCCCCGGGUAUGGCCCUCCCCCGCAGGGUGCACCUGGUGAAUACCCUCCCCAGGCGCCCGGGCAGUACGGGCAGUACCCCCCACCUGCUUAUCCUGCCCCGUCGCCAUAUGGGCCUCCCCCGGGUGCGCCUCCCCUGCUGGGGCCUACGGUGCACCUCCCCCUGGGGCGUAUGGGGAGGGAAUUUGAUGCUUCUGGCCGCAUUAGAGGCCCGAAUGACUCGUACCUGGAGCACAUCCAGACAUCCACGGGUAUCAAAGCGACGCUGCAUGGACGGUGCUCCAACAACCACGAGAUCAACGGCGAAGAGCUGAACGCGCCCUUACACAUCUCCCUCACUGCCUCUGAAGGUUCAUCGGCAGCACAGAUGGCCGAAGCUAAGAAGCUGGCAGAGAGCCUUAUAGACACCAUCCGGGACGAGUGGCAGCAGCAGCAGUCAGGGGGCGGAGGCGGAGCCGCAGCAGCAGCAGCAGCAGCAGCAGCAGCAGCAGCAGCAUCAGCAGCCGCAGUACCAGUCUUCUUCCAUGCCUCCGCCACAGGCUCGGUCGGUCAUGGGUCCGCCGCCGCCGAAGCUGCCGACCAGGCUCGGCGGAGGAGGUGGAGGAGGCCAGGCAAAUGGGCAAAACGGUUCGGUGACUGCAGGCUCGGCAGGUGGCACAGGAGGAAUGACCCUUGUGGACUAUGGGGAGGAGGAAGAUUGACUGCACAAACAACAUCAGCGUGCCUCAGCAGCACAACAAGCUGCUGA